GCUGUCGUAGUGUGGGAUUGGAUUAUCAGUCUACCGAGAGAAUAUAAAUUCAUCUGGAAGUCGAAUUGGACUGCGGCGAAGUUCUCUUAUCUGUUCUGCAGAUACUGGGUACUCUUUGUCAUGCCGUACAUCCUAAGUGUAUUUGUUACCAAUCACUCCAAGGAAACUUGCUUAAAGAUAUUCCGGUCACCAGUCGCUCUUGCGAUGUGGAAUCAAGCGGGAGCGGAAGUCGUGCUUUUGAUCCGCACAUAUGCAUUCUUCAACCGUAAUAAGUACUUGCUCGUCGCACUUUGCGCUGGCCUCGCCGGUGUGAUCUCGUACCAGCUAUAUGUCGAUACCAGCCAGAUGGACCUAUUGCCCUUCGCUUAUCCUCCCUUUGACAAAGGGCCCUGUUUCCCCCAGUCGAAACCCCAUUCUGCGCACAUUCUCGGAUUUUUUAUGGCAUCCCUGGCUUUCGACGCAUCAGUUACUGCAAUGACGCUAUGGAAAGCUUUCCGACUUCGUCGUAUGUAUGGAGCUACGAACAGUCCUUUAAUACAGACAUUCCUCCGCGAAGGGAUUUUCUACUUCGUCUUGAUCUCCAUUGCAAAUUUGGUGAAUGGCAUAUUCUACCUUCAACCAAAGGCCGAUAUGUCUGCUAUCAACAUUCCGCUGAGUAUCAUGCUUGCGGAUGUGCUGGCAUGCCGUAUGAUUCUAGAUCUUCGUCAACGAGGCUUUGAGGUGUCCCAGCCGACUGUUCUGACACAUACUCUUCCGCUGCAUGCAAACGUCACUGAUGGAACAGAAGCAACGUCCACCGUCGACAGCGAUCCGUCCACUAAGCUUCCUUCGCCUAUAACGCCUAUAACACCCGUAUCGGGUAAGCCAUUUCCCUAUCCGUCGAAGCCGAACGGUACGAGGAGGGGUAUCAGGAGCUUGGUUGGUGGCAGGAGUACGCCGACGAGUGCGCUCACGACGACGAUUGACUCUGCUAUAUUCACGCAUACGCAGACGGAUGGUGAGGUUCGUACACGGGAUGACUCGAAUAUGCUUGAGCUGCGAAGCUUUAACACGCGCUUUGAUGAAAAUGAGGGUGAGGAAAAACCAGAGACUGGGUUUUCGAGGUACUCGGUGGUGGACAUUGCUCCGCAGGAUACGUUCCAAGGUCGGGAUCAGGACGGGAAGGACGGGGACCGGAAGACGAGCAUUUGA